AUGAGUUCAGGAGCAUCAAGGCCGUACCGAUCCAAGACCGUCAAGCCGUGCGAUGCCUGCCGGCGGAGACGCAUCGCUUGCAUCCGCGACAAUGCGAAUGGCGUCUGCUCUCUCUGCCGACAUCGUGGCCACACGUGCACCUUUGAGUCUUUGCCCCCGACGCGCAGGGCAAGGCAGGCGAAAGCUCGGGCGGCAACUCUAGGAUCACGAGUUGACAGGCCCGUCGAGGAGCUUGCCGAUGCUCCAUCUUUGGACGAAACUGCCCAGGUGCCACAAGUGUGCGAUGCUGGAGGUGAUGAAAAUGAGUUAUCGUCGGCAUCUCGCGAUUGGUUUAAUGGCACAACCAUGUUCACGAACAAGACGUGUCUGUACUCCGGCGCCAGCAGUGAUCAGGAUCCCCACCUACUUCGUCACCUUGUCUACGAUGAGACCGAGUGUUUCGGUGAUGAUUCCUGGACGGUAUGGAGGAUCGGGAAGGAUCAUGGCGUCUCGUCAUACCUGACUGUGUUUCCCAAUUCGCACUUAGAUUGCUCGACGAAUGUGUACUCACUGACCGAGAUCGAAUCCAUGGUCGCUCCAUAUCAGGACGAGCUCAUCCGGUUGUACUAUGCCUAUGUCCAUCCUUCUUACCCUAUACUAGAGUCUCAGGAGAGUAUUCAGAGUCGUCUCAAGGAGAAGCAGAUUCCAGGGUCUUUGAUAGCACUCGUGUAUAAGCAUGGUGCUCAUUUCUGGCGCCACUCACCCCUGGCUGGGUCUGUGCCAUGCCCAUUGCCGCAGGAAAUCCGGCCUUGGGUCUUCUCACGGCUGUCUUUAGAGAUUCGGACACCCAAUCUCGCGACCGUGCAAGCUUUGCUUCUGUUCAUGCAACUCAUUCCGGGCCGGAUUCGGGCACCAAACCAUCCCGGAUUCUGGCCGUUGACCAAUGUGCUGGUUGGUGUUGCUCAAGAGAUAGGACUACACGUUGAUCCGAAAGGUUGGGGCAUCGCCCUCUCGGAACGGAAGCUUCGCCGGAUCCUCUGGUGGGCUGUGUUAUCACAUGACAAGUGGAUGGCGCAUUCGCUUGGGCGGCCCUCGCACAUUGCUUCCAACAGCUGGAAUGUGGCUCAUCUCACGCUGUCCGACUUCGCAGACGACAGUGGACGACUACCGGUGGAAUCUCUGUCGUCUGUCAGCGCUUUUAUUGCCUUCUGUGAUCUAGGUAGUAUCCUUGCGGCUGUUCUGGACGCCUUCUACAGUAUCCGUGUCGAAUACGACGCCAGGUCACCAGUGCAAGCCUUGGAAAGGGCCCAGCCACUACUGUCGCGGUUGCAGAGGUGGAGGGAGGACCAUUCCGUUUCAACCAACCCCGGCCAUCCCCAUCAAUACGUUGUGCGUUUGACCGCCUUGACUGUGCGACUAUCGAUACAGAGAGCCGUGUUCGGCGCCCUCUCAAAGCAACGAAGCGAGCGAGCAACUUCUCUAGCAGCGGAAGUCGUGUCCACCGUCCGCGAGGAUCUUUUUGCGGUGUUCGAGGCCCUGGAAAGAUCGAGACCUGUCGGACUGUGGCUCAGUUACUUGAAAGGGGACCUCGCCAUGGUUGGGUCGCUACUCAUCACGCUGGUGCUGUCCAGCGUUGACGAUGCAGAACUGGACGAGCGGAGGGCAUUGCUGUUACAGUUCCGGGGCCAUUUGAAGGUGCUCACCGAGCUGCAUGAACAGAGCGAGUCUUUUGAGUUCUCGCGCUUGCCAUUCCGGAGGUUGAAUCUGAUCAUGGAAGAGCUGUUUGGUGAAGAUGAGAUGAAUGUGGACUUUGUCACUACUCCAAGCUCACUAUUUAGCGCUGUCGGAGUUUGA